AUGCAGAUGGCUAGAUGGGAUCAGAUUUUCUCCCUACCUGUGCAAAAUCCAACCUUGCCAGAGUUUUCUUCUGCCGAUCUUGUCUGGUCCAAGGUUGAAGGUUACCGGGACAAUAUAGAUAGGUUAGCCCUCAUCCCUUACGCGAGGGUUGAUGAUUUCGUAAGAGGCGAAUCCGCUAACAAAGACUGUCCUACGAGUUUCCAUGUUGAAGCCAGACGACGUAAAACCAAAGAGAAGAAAUGUAAGCCAAAGGUUGAUGGCAUCUUGGAGUAUAUUCUGUAUUGGUGUUCCUUUGGACCCGAUGACAAUAGAAAAGGCGGAGCUGUGAGGCCAAGUAGGAGCACAUAUGUUCCGAAAAAGAACAACGCAGGCCGGCCUAAUUCCAAGAGAGGCUGCAGGUGUCACUUCAUUGUGAAACGCCUGAUUGCAGAACCAAAUGUGGCUUUAGUAAUCUACAACAGCGACAAGCAUGUGGAUGAGAAAGGUUUGCCAUGCCACGGUCCACAAGACAAAAAGUCGGCUGGAACAAGAGCCAUGUUUGCUCCAUAUAUAUCGGAAGAUCUUAGGCUACGUGUAUCGUCUUUGCUCUAUGUUGGUGUCUCUGUGGAGACUAUAAUGCAGAGGCAUAAUGAAUCAGUGGAGAAACAAGGUGGUCCAAGUAAUAGAGAUGAUUUGUUAACUCAUAGAUAUGUUCGAAGACUUGAGAGGAGUAUUCGACGUUCAACGUAUGAGCUUGACGAGGAUGAUGAUGUGAGCAUCAGAAUGUGGGUUGAAAAUCAUCAGAGUAAUGUGUUUUUCUGUGAAGAGUUCUCUGAGACAGAGCCUUUUUCUUUGGGUAUACAAACGGAGUGGCAGUUGCAGCAGAUGAUUCGGUUUGGCAACAGUAGACUUUUGGCUUCAGAUUCAAGGUUUGGGACUAAUAAACUCAAGUAUCCUAUCCAUAGUCUUGUUGUAUUCGACUCAGAGAAUAAGGCAAUUCCAGUAGCUUGGAUCAUUGCACCGCGUGUUUCCUGUGAAGAUCCAUAUAAAUGGAUGAGAGCUCUCUGUAACCGAGUCCAUGCCAAAGAUCCCUCGUGGAAGGCUGCUGGUUUCAUAAUUGAUGAUCCUCUUGCUGACAUUAUAACGAUCAGGGAUGUGUUUCAGUGUCCUGUGUUGUUUUCGUUUUGGCGUAUUCGACAUGCGUGGCAUAAGAACAUAAUCAAGAGAUGUCCAGAGACAGAGACGCGUGCCGAGAUUUCAAGACAUCUGGGAGAAGCUGUAGAUAAAAUCUGUAGAAGGCAAGGAACAGCUACAUUGUUUGAGAGUUUUAUGGAGGAUUUUGCUGAUAGUCCAGAGUUUGUGGACUACUUCAGAGCUGUUUGGUCUCCCAGAAUAGGAGCUUGGACAAGUGCAUUGCAAUCUCUUCCAUUGGCAAGCCAAGAGACUUGUGCAGCGAUGGAGCUUUACCAUUAUCAGCUGAAGUGUAGGCUCUUGAAUGAAAGAGACUCUGAAGCUUAUCAACGUGCUGAUUGGUUGGUCGAUAAGUUAAGAACAAAAGUACAUUCUUACUUCUGGCUUGAUGGAUACUCUGGAAAAGAUGAUUUUUCAAGGUACUGGAAAGAGGAGUGGAUGAGUGGUUUGACUUCUUUCCGUCAAGCGUUGAGUAUACAAGAUUCUGAUGUUGUUAUCUCCGGUACGUCUGCGAGGAUAACAGAGUGUGAAGGGGACAAAGAAGUUCAUGUUGUGUGGAAUCCAGGUUCACAGUUUGGGGUUUGCAGUUGCAGCUGGGCUGAGAAGGGUUACAUAUGUAAGCACAUGGUCAAACUUACACAAGUCUGUCUCGGGAACCGAGCUGCUAAGCAGUCUGCUAGCCUCCUACAGUAUUAUCAGACCUUGGUUGAUCUGCUUCACUGCCCUCCUCGCGAUUCUUUGUUUCGUGAUUACGCAGUAUCUUUAGCCGUCUCUGUGGAAAAGCAAAUCAAUGCACUCGGCGAUCUGCAGAAGAGGGAUGAUGCUAAUGUUGUGCAGAAAGAAAAUGCUUCUAGUGGAAACUCUCUUGAUGAAUCUGGUGAAGUUGGUACUAAUUUAGGUGGAGAGUUGAGUCAGAAGUCAAUGAGUUGGGGGAAACUUAGAGCCUGCUCAGGAAAUGGAGAAGACAUAGUGGAAAUCGAUUCUUCACCAUGUUCAACGGAAGCUGCUGCAGAGGAUGAGACAGAGAGUGCGAACGAGAAUUGUGAGAGAGAUGCAAAAAGGUUGAAAAUUUGUAGUACCUGA